CAGAGCAAAAGAGAAUUGAGUCUAGGAGGUGACAGGGGCCAGCUGGGCUACCUCAAAGAUGGUGGCCUUGAUCCUAAAAGCAUUGGGAAGGCCCUGUAAGAGAGUGGCAUGAUCAGAUUUGCAUUUAGAUGAUCACUCUGCCCGCUUGUAGGAGGCAGCGGGUGUAAUAGACUCCUGCAGUCUAGAAAGAUGAUGGAGGCUUGGUCCCGAGAUCGGCAGUGGAGAUAAGGGGGACGGGUGUGAGAUGUAUUUUAGACAUGGAAUGGGCAGGUUUUGAUGGGGUAGGUGAGGACAGAGGAGGAAUCAAAGAUGGUGGCCGGGUGUCCACCUUGCAGAAGUGGGAUAUGGGUGCCUUCGCUGAGAUGAGAACCUAGGCAGAAGAGGAGAGGUGGAGGCAAGCUCUUGGGUUCCUGUUCAGAUGUGUGGCAUUUCGCGUUCUGAAAUAGCAGGGGAGUCACCUUGUCUAAAGUUAUUUGUGGCUGUGAUGUCUACAAUGGGAGCUGGGCUCUGGAGGGCUGGGGCCUGGCUGAGGGCAUCCAGUCCAGCCCUCAGUCUGAGUGGGGCCUCUGGCAUGUUGGCCAAGUGAAUGAUCCUAAGUGCAACCCAGAGAAUCUCCUUCAUUCCAAGAGAGCCUCUGAAGCGGGAAAACAUUAAGAGGGCGAGCAGUUGGGCUGAGGAGGAUUUGGUCAGUCUGGGCAGGAAAAGCCCUAGAGGGCUGCGCCUCCUCCUGGUGAUGGGAACUCCUGGGUCGCCAGCAAACAUACAUCCUUCAGCCAAGCCCGGGGACCGGAGGCCUGACACGAUGCAGGGCUGGGGCCUUCUGGGGAGGCUGGGGCCACGUCCCGAGAGUCCAGAGAGGGCCCUGUGACCCAGAUGUCGCCUCCCCCUCGCCCCGGCCGCGCAGCGUGGGAGGAGGCGGCAGCUGCAGGCCGGGUGGAGGGCGGGCGACCGGCGGGCCCGGCCCGUGGGAAGCGGCGGCAUCUGUUCUUUCCACGCUCGUUCCCAGCGGCUCCCUCUGAAACCUAACCCGCAGGCCCGGCCCCACCGCCGCCGCCCGUGCCCUCGCCCGCCCCGCCCGGGGGAUCAGGUUGCAGGAGCCGGGCGGCCGGACUGCGGUUCCCCCGACGGCCGCGGCAGCGCAGCGAGGGCGAGGGGCGAGGGGCAGGAGGCAAGGCCGAGCGGUCAGCCAGAUGGCCCGGCCGCUGUCCACCCCCAGCCCUUCACAAAUGCAAGCCAGGAAGAAACGCAGAGGGAUCAUAGAGAAACGGCGCCGGGACCGCAUCAACAGCAGCCUUUCUGAACUGCGGCGCUUGGUCCCCACUGCCUUUGAGAAGCAGGGCUCCUCCAAGCUGGAGAAAGCCGAGGUCCUGCAGAUGACGGUAGAUCACUUGAAAAUGCUCCACGCCACUGGCGGGACAGGAUUCUUUGAUGCUCGAGCCCUGGCAGUCGACUUCCGGAGCAUCGGUUUUCGGGAGUGCCUUACCGAGGUCAUCAGGUACCUGGGGGUCCUGGAAGGGCCCAGCAGCCGUGCAGACCCGGUGCGGAUUCGCCUUCUCUCCCACCUCAACAGCUAUGCAGCCGAGAUGGAACCUUCACCCACGCCCGCUGGCCCCCUGGCCUUUCCUGCCUGGCCCUGGUCCUUCUUCCAUAGCUGUCCAGGGCUAUCGGCCCCCAGCAGCCAGCUCGCCAUCCUAGGGAGAGUGCCCGGCCCCAUCCUCCCCAGCACCUCCUCUCUGGCUUACCCCAUCCCGGCCUUCAGAACCACUCCCUUGCGCAGAGCCACUGGCGCCACCCUGCCAGCCCGGAGGAAUUUGCUGCCCAGUCGAGGGGCAUCUUCUACCCGGAGGGCCCGCCCCCUGGAGAGGCCAGCUGCACCCCUGCCCCCCAGUGGCAGGGCUGCCAGGGGCAGCCACAUGGCACCCCUCCUGCGAUCUUCUUCCCCCGCCCCUCCUGGCAUUGUGGGCUCUCCUGCUUAUGUGGCUGUUCCUGGGUCUUCCCAGGGGGCAGCUGGGAGGCCAGCAGGAGCUGUGCUCUGCCACUCCUGGGUCUCUGAAAUCACUGAAGUUGGGGCUUUCUGAGCUGACUUUGCCCCCAGGAAUGAGGAGAGUUCUUUUUCCAGGAGCUCUAAAAAUGGCGUUGCCUAUUCUGCUCUGCUUCCUGGACUGGUUCAUAUAUGAAGGUGUCUUCUUCACCCGGCAGAGGCCCCCUUCUCCUUUGGCCCCUCUCCCCACCUCACUGCUUGUCCCCUCUCCCCUCCUCACUGCUUGUCCCAGCUUCUCCUGGGGCUAUUCUGAUCUCAGAAGCUUGGUCUCAUUUUUUCCCUGGAGAGAUGAGUCUCAGGAGAGCCCCCUAAGAGCUGUACCCAGACCCCUCUCCUGCUCCAGGACACAUGGGCAGUAGGCAUUAAUCUCAGGUUGGGGAACAACGCUUUAACCUAAAAGGCACAAUGACCUAAGGCACGCUGCUCCCCUAGAGAUCAGACCCCAGCCAAGAGCAGUGACUUCCUGGCUGUAGCCUUCCCAGGCCCCCAGGGGCCGGAACAUAGUGUCUGUCUCACUUCCUGAGACAGUAACCACACAGGGGCCGCAAAGAGGUCUCCUGGGAACCCUGUCGGCCCCAGCCCACCUGUCUCCCGCCCACUGCAAUGAACCCAGAACAGACCUGCUGUCCGCCACGGCCAAGGCUGGGGACUGGGAGCCCAGCAGGGCCCGUUCCUGCCCUCUUGUCAGCUGCUGACACCUACCCUCCAGCUGACCAGCAGUUCCCUGCACACAGCUGGGAGGUCUCCGGGCUCCGUGACAGGGUGUACUCACCACCAGGCCUCGGACGGCGUCCCCAGACAGGAGCCAGGCUUGAGCCACAGAGAACCCAGCUCCCUGCCUACCACACGGCCAGCGUCCUCCAGGCCUGUGGUCCCGUCGGAUGCACAGUGCGGAGGCCAUGUUCCCACGUGAUGGCGCCCCGAGAGGAAUCCUCUUGGGAUUCAGCACCAGACGUUUGUGCUGCCUGUUUUGCAUCCGACUCACGGGGCCCAGACUGCUGGGACCGCCAAGGGCUGUCAGGCUGGACGAAAAUAACUGCGAGGAGGGGCGAGAGGAAGGACAGUCAGAGGCAGCUCUGCCCUUCAAGGUCACACAGUGGGUCGAGGGCCUGAGAUCCUGUUCACCCGGGAUUCCACGCGGCUGGCUCUGCUCAAAGGCCAUGCGUGGCGUUACCCAGCUUCAGCCCAGGUCACUUUCCCUCUAACAGAGGGAACAAAUGGCCCAGGGACCUUUCCCAGUGGAACAGCAGGAACUGGACAAAACAGGGGCAGACCAGAAGCGACACACAGCCGGCCCAGUGCUGCCACAUGGUUGUUAGAAUGCAGAAACACUUCUGUGCUCAUUGACAGACCUGCUUCCCUGAGUGUUCCCACCACAUGGCUUUUCUCCCAGGACCCCGUGCUGGUUAAUGCCCGGCCGACCCAAGGCCGUGGGGCCCUCCAGCUGGCAAGUCGUUGGUGCUUAUUCUGCACUGGUUGUUAAAUGCUUCUGAGGUCACCCCUGGAAGAGUCUCCCACUCCCAUCCUUUAAUGGAACUACCCUCCCCAGAGGCUGCAUUGAGGAGACUCCACGAGCUCAAAAAGUAGAGUCUGCAAACGCCCUGGGGAAAAAGGGCCCUUUCAGAGAAGUGGGUAGGAGGGCAGAGAUCAUUUAAAUGACCCAGAAAGCUCUUUUGAGAAGGCAAAUUCCUCAAGGAGGGAUAAAGAACUAAAGUAAUUCUUUUACUCCUCAGUGUGAGGUAGUUGGAUCAGAUAUUGCUCUCCUCCUGGACCCAUCUGUGUGUACAGCAGUGACGAGGUGUCAUUUCAGUGCGUGGGUCACCGGCCAGGAGUGCUCCUGAGGCAAACAGAGAUAGAGGGAAAUAGCGAGGGAGGGAAGGCAGUCAGCAGGCUCCCAGGAGUUGGGAGGGGGGGCAGAGGGUGGUGGCAGAAGGCAAAGACCAACUUCACCAUUUUCACAAGGGGCGGGAAGAACGGCGGUCCCCACCCGCCCCCCCUCCUCCCCCUGCACUCUCCCCCUCCCCCUCCCCCUGCACUCUCCCCUCCCCCUCCCCCUGCACUCUCCCCCUCCCCCUCCCCCUGCACUCUCCCCUCCCCCUCCCCCUGCACUCUCCCCCUCCCCCUCCCCCUGCACUCUCCCCUCCCCCUCCCCCUGCACUCUCCCCUCCCCCUCCCCCUGCACUCUCCCCCUCCCCCUCCUCCCCUGCACUCUCCCCCUCCCCCUCCUCCCCUGCACCCUCCCCCUCCUCCCCUGCACUCUCCCCUCCCCCUCCUCCCCUGCACUCUCCCCCUCCCCCUCCUCCCCUGCACCCUCCCCCUCCUCCCCUGCACUCUCCCCCUCCCCUUCUCCCCUGCACUCUCCCCCUCCCCCUCCUCCCCUGCACUCUCCUCCUCCCUGGCCGCUGCAGGUGGUGGCUCACUGCUCCCAAGAUACCAGUCAGUGCUCCAGUCCUGCAGUUUGACCACUUCCUAGCCCAAGAAUCCAACAUUUACUCAUGGCGGGAUGGUGGGAAACACACUUCCAUGUUUCAAAUGCCCAACUCCAAAAGAACCAGUUGACACCGUUGAAUGAGGUGGAAAUGGCCCAGAACUUUGAGCAUCUUAGUUGCUCUUAGGUUCAUUCUCCCUGAGAGAUUGUGCGGGGAAAGGUGACUGUGUGUAUUGGUUUCUGUGGUUGAGAACUCAUAUCUUUGUUUAUAUUCCCAAGCCUUUCUGGUGCCCCCGACUCCCACCCCAUCACUGGGGUUGUCGCAGACAUUCAAUAAAGUUUUUUUUCUUUAGCUCUUCUGGAAACCUCUGCAAGCUUCUACUUCUUAAAUAUCUCUGGAGUCCAUCUACUUCUCUCUGAUCCCAUAGCCUUCACCCUGGUCUGGCCACAUCACUUCUCCCCAUAUCACUGCCCUCCAAAAUGUCGCUUUGCUUCCUUCCUGCUUUGCCAAUCAGUUCUCAACGCAACCAGAGAGAGCUUUAAACACGCAAACCAUAUCAUAUCAACUCUGGUUUAAAAUCCUUACCCUAUUACCCUAUUAUUCUAAGGAUAAAAUCCAAGCUCUUCCUCAUCUGGUCCCAAACUCACUUCCAGCUUUUUUCUUGCCAAUCCCAAUCUUGUUCUUUCUUGCCAAUCCCGAUCUUGUUCCCUGUGCUUCUGCCACCCUGGCCUUCCUUCAUUUCUUCCACAUUCCAACCUCAUUCCCAUCUCCAGGACUUUGCACAUGCUGUGCCCUUUGCCCAGAAUGCUCUUCCUCUACCCUUUGCAGGCUGAGCUCUUCAUACCCUCAGGCCUUGGCAUAAAUGCCACCUCCUCAGAGAGGCCUUCCCUGACUACUGGGCUUGAAUCUAUCUCAACGUCCUAUAUCUUUUUGUUGUUGUUCACGUUUGGAAAUUACCAUUGCACAUCCAUUUGUGUGUUUACUUGUUGGUUGCUCCCCCACCAGCACGUAAGCUCCGUGAGGCCAGGGACCAUGCCUGGUUUGCACUCCACCCUGUAUCCAGUGCCAACCACAGUACCUGGCUCAACGUCAGGGUUCAAUAAAUAUUUGUUGAAUAAAUGAA